ACAGUAUCCAUAUCCAUCCAACCUCACUUUAGUCCGCAAAGGAACUCGCGAGUUUCGGCGUUUCGGCUCCUUGGUUGUAGUCUUUGGCCGGACGCGUUUCCUGUGGUGGAAUCUAGAAUAACUAACUUUUGCUAUCUUUUCUCGUGGUAGUGGAGUGCAACCGGACUAGAGCACGAGAAGAGGAUCUCAUUAAACAGCCUCUCACCCUGCUUGGCGGCUAAUUGUCUUUGCACACACUGCACGUUAAAAUGCUCGCAGCUUUCAUGACUCGUUUGAUUCCAGCUGCUCGAAAUCGCGUUUACAGCACAUCUGCAAAGGCAGCACAGGAGGACAUGCUGGACGAGGACAUGCCCGAGUUUGAUAUGCAGAAUCCUUAUACGAAGGAGAAGAAGAAAUGCAUUUUGUGCAAGUUGAAUGUCAAAGUUGAUUACAAGAACCUGAAGCUCUUGAGCCAAUUUGUGUCUCCGUACACGGGCCUGUUGUACCCGAAACACAUCACUGGACUUUGCGAGCAGCAGCAAUUGAACGUCACACGAGCAGUGCUCACGGCUAAACGCGUCGGAAUGAUACCGAACUACCACAAGAUACCGGAAUAUCUCCGGGAUCCUCGACUCUUCGACCCAUUCCGUCCGAGCCGGCCAAACCCACACUAAUAGCCGUAUGUAAAAAUUGUAUCGAAAGUCACAAUAAAAAGGUACCUUGGUAGCAUA